AUGUCAUUGAAAUUAUAUACCACAACAGUUAUUGUGGCCUUAAUUUCUAUAGGUGUUUAUUUAUUAAAACAACAAACAGAUGAAUUGAUGGGAGUAAAACGCAAAAUCGGAAAAAAUGGCUUGGAUAAAUGUCGAAAAGUAUUAGGACCUUCAUAUUGUGAGGAUGUUAAAAUACAUAGACCAUCAGGUCUUGCUUUUAUGACAUGUGACAAUUCACGUGCAGAAUUCAAUCCUUUGCUUGGUUUGGGUGAUCCAAAUCUUGUAAAUGAGAAUGGAUCUAUCUGGAUAUUCGAUUUGAAUGUUGAUGACCCACCAAUUAGACUCGAUUCAGAUUUUAAAAGAUCAUUUCAUCCAAUUGGCAUAUCUGUUGCAACUUUGAAUGAUAGUAAGAAUUCAAAAACAGCAACUCUAAAAAUCGCUGUUAUCAAUUAUGAUGAUGCUAGAAGAUCAGUUGAAAUAUUUGAUUAUAGUAGGGAAGAGAAAUUUUUAUAUCAUCGUAAAACAAUCAUUUCUCGAUAUAUAUAUAAUCCAAAUCGUAUUAUCGCUGUUAGUAAUAUGCCAAGCCCUGACGGUAUACCAUCCUUUUUUGUCACGAAUGAUCAUUAUUUUAUUAAUAGUGAUUUACAAAAAAUUGAAGAUUAUAUUACAUUGCCACUUGGAACAUUUUCUUUCUAUAAUGCUUUUGUAAAUCGAUCCGUAGAAACAGGAUGGAGACUUCAACAUCCUACUGGAAUUGUAGCCACUGAUGAUUCAAAUCAAAUUUUUAUAACUAAUGCGUGGUCUGGUGAAAUUCAGGAAUUUAAUGCUUUCUUUUUUAAUAGAGAAACAUUAAACAUUAACUUUAAUACUGUUGAUUAUCAUCAUGGUAAUAAAGAAAUUGACAUAUUUUGGCCUUUAUAUUUAACCAUGAAUUCAAUUAAGCUUGGUUUUGUUGCGACAGGAAUUGAUUUUGAUCCUAUAACAAAAGAUUUAUAUACUGUUGGUCAUCCAAAGUAUUAUAAUUAUCUAGCUUAUGCAAAUUCGAUUGUUUCUAAUGAUAGUAAUGGCAAUAAGAAGAACAUCAUUAAAAUUUCACCAUCAUUGGUCACAAAAAGCACAUUUAAACAACCUCCAACCUUAACUCAAAAUAAUAAUCAUUUUCCUGAACAAAAAAAAUUCUUUGUAAAAAAUGUAUAUACAACAAAAAUUAUAUUUGAGGAUGACGGUUCAACGUUUGGCUCAAGCACUGGUGUAGCAAUUGAUGUUGGACGUAGCAAACUUUUAAUUGUUGGAAAUUAUGAACAUGGCUUCAUGGAAUGUAAAUUAAAUUGA